CGACUAAUUUCCCGAUCCCAAAUUCGACGUUUAAAAACCCUAGUCUCCGAGACCAGACGAUCAAAGUUUCGAUUUUUAGCAGCAACAAUGGUGAACAAUGUUGUCUCACUCGACAAGCUUAAAGCUUUCUGGCACUCUGAGGUUCACGACGAACAAAAAUGGGCCGUGAACAUGAAACUUCUUCGAGCACUUGGGAUGUUUGCAGGAGGAGUCUUUCUCAUGCGGAGCUAUGGUGAUCUCAUGGCAGUCUGAUCAAAGAUGAAAGAGCCUCGCUUAGUUUUCACUUUCUCAAAACUCUUGUAUUUCUCUAGAACUGGUCUUCAUGUUUCCGAUUUCAUCAAUGUGAUAUGAUCAAGCUUUGUGUCUUGGGAUUUUAUUAUAUGCUAUAAAGAGUUUAUUUUUCAUUCACAACCA